CCCCCCCCCCCCCCCGCCGGCUCAAUGCGUCGUGCGGCUAUCCAGGCUCUCCGUACUGCCCGUCGCGUGCCAACAUGGAGGGUCGCUGGUAGGAAACCGUGCGCCGUGUCCUUCUCCAGCAGUCGUCUCGGCCUUCGUCCCUCCUCCGGCAGACAUCCUUCUUACCUCCCCGCUACUCUGCAGUCGUCGAUGCAUCUCCGGAACUUCUCGCUCGCUGUCAUCUCGACCGUCGUCGCCUCGGGUGCCUGGUACGCCUAUCAGGGCAACGGCGCUCAGCAGGCAUCGGCGGGCCUGAACGCAACCUCCGCCUCACAGCUACGCUCCCUUACUACUACUUCCAGCGCCCAUGCGGAAGACCCUGCGGAGACCACCCGCCGUGCUCUGCUCGUGGAUAAUGAUCAGUUCUAUACCGCCACCCUUUCCGGAGAGCAGCCCGUGUUCAAGAACACCGACGAUUCCGACCGCCGAGUCCUCGAGAUGUUGACCCCGGAGCAGGCCACACAGAAGCUCAGGAAGAAUGAGGAGUCGUACAUGGUGAACCGGGGCAAGGGAGUGGUCCGCUACGAUGUUGUCCAGGUCCCCAGCAAUUCUCCGAUCGAAGAUGACCACGCUGAGAAGGUGGUCGAAGUGCCGUCCUCCGUGGCUACGGCCACGGAAGGCGAGUCCAGCAGCGAUUGGAUGUUCUGGGGAGUGUUCGAUGGCCAUUCCGGCUGGACGACUUCGGCCAAACUGCGCAACGUCCUCAUCUCAUACGUCGCUCGGGAACUGAAUUCCACCUACAAAGCCGCCGCCGCAGACCCAUCCGUGCUGUUGCCCUCGUCCGCCGCCGUGGACGCUGCGAUCAAGCAGGGCUUCACUCGUUUGGACAAUGACAUCGUUUACAGCAGUGUCGACAAGGUGCUCAAGGAUAAAUCGCGCCGCGCCGCAGCCGAGAUGCUUGCGCCUGCCCUUUCCGGUUCCUGCGCUCUCCUUGCUUUCUACGACUCCCAGUCCAAGGACUUGAAGGUUGCUGUUGCUGGUGAUUCCAGGGCCGUUCUGGGUCGCCGUGGUCCGAACGGUAAAUGGUCGGCAACACAGCUCUCCGAAGAUCAAACCGGUGGCACUCCCUCGGAGAUGAACCGCCUCCGAGAGGAGCACCCCGGUGAGCCCAAUGUUGUGCGGAACGGACGAAUCCUCGGCCAGCUGGAACCCAGUCGGUCCUUCGGAGAUGCAUUCUACAAGUGGAGCAAGGAUACGCAGGACAAGAUCAAGCGCCAGUUCUUGGGCCGCACCCCUCACCCCUUGUUGAAGACUCCUCCGUACGUGACUGCUGAGCCGGUGAUCACCACCACUAAAGUGGAGCCCGCCCGCGGCGACUUCCUGGUCCUCGCGACCGACGGUCUCUGGGAGAUGCUGAGCAACGAGGAAGUUGUCGGGCUCGUUGGUCAAUGGGUUGAGCAGCAGCAGGCCGGUGCCGGUGGAAGCAACAAGACCUGGCUGAAGAGCUGGUUUGGCUUCGACAGCAAGCAGCUCCCUAUAGAAGAAUCCAAGGAGACCAGCACUGAAGGCCAGCGCCCUCCUAUCCGCCAGCAGCAGUACGAUAUCUCCGGUGUGGCCAAUCGGUUCACCGUCGAGGACAACAAUGCGGCCACUCACCUGGUGCGCAAUGCCCUGGGAGGAAAGGAGAAGGAUAUGGUUUGCGCUCUGCUGACUCUUCCGAGUCCCUAUUCUCGUAGAUACCGUGACGAUGUGACCGUCGAAGUGAUCUUCUUCGGCGAGGGCCCCGACUUGCGCACCAUCACCGUCAACGAAGAAGCCAGCGCGUCCGAGGAGAACGCCAAGGCGAAGCUGUGAUUCGGACGUCGUUGCAUGUUUUACCAAUUAUCGGCGUAGAAAGACGCUGGAAAGAUUUUCAUGACAUCAGACUGUUCUUUUUCCAUCUUAUUUUCCAAAAUCGUAUUAUCGGUCCAUGUUCGGCUGCAUCUAUCUUCAGAUGGCAGUAAGCUGGCGUUAACUCCUGCAGGCCUGGGAUGGUGGUUUGUUGUAUGCAUUAGCAUCCUUUACACUUAGAAAAUGUUACGCUGUCUGGUCACCAAGACACUCGGUUGU